AAGCUCCACCAUGAGGCGAGGUGGAUGGAGGAAGCGAGCUGAAAAUGAUGGCUGGGAAAAAUGGGGUGGGUAUAUGGCAGCCAAGGUCCAGAAAUUGGAGGAACAGUUUCGAUCAGAUGCUGCCAUGCAGAAGGAUGGAACUUCAUCUACAAUUUUUAGUGGAGUUGCCAUCUAUGUUAAUGGAUAUACAGAUCCUUCUGCUGAGGAAUUGAGAAAGCUAAUGAUGUUGCAUGGAGGACAGUACCAUGUGUAUUACUCCAGAUCCAAAACAACACAUAUUAUUGCCACAAAUCUUCCCAAUGCCAAAAUUAAAGAAUUAAAGGGGGAAAAAGUAAUUCGACCUGAAUGGAUUGUGGAAAGCAUCAAAGCUGGACGACUCCUCUCCUGCAUCCCUUAUCAGUUGUACUCCAAACAGUCCAGUGUGCAGAAAGGUCUCAACUUUAAUCCUGUAUGCAAACCUGAGGAUCCUGUACCAGGUCCAAGUAAUAUAGCCAAACAACUCAACAACAGGGUAAAUCACAUAAUUAAGAAGAUUGAGACAGAAAAUGAAGUCAAAGUCAAUGGAAUGAACAGUUGGAAUGAAGAAGAUGCAAAUAAUGAUUUUGGUUUUUUGGAUCUGGAGCAGACAUUUCCAGGAAGGAAACAAAAUGGAAUUCCUCAUUCCAGGGGCAGCACUGCCAUUUUUAAUGGACACACUCAUAGCUCUAAUGGUGCCUUAAAGACACAGGAUUGCUUGGUGCCCAUGGGCAACAGUAUUGCCAGCAGACUUUCUCCAGACUCUGCCCAAGAGGAAGAGAAGGCUGAACAGAGCAGCACUGAUUUCAGAGACUGCACUCUGCAGCAGAUGCAGCAAAGCUCCAGAAACGCAGAUGCUUUGCGGAAUCCACACAGAACUAGUUCUUUCUCAUUAUCGUCUUUGCACAGUAACACUAAAAUCAAUGGUGCUCACCACUCCACUGUUCAGGGGCCUUCAAGCACAAAAAGCACUUCUUCAGUACCUACUCUUAGCAAGGCAGCACCUUCAGUGCCAUCCAAACCUUCAGACUGCAGUUUUAUUUCAGACUUCUAUUCUCAUUCAAGACUGCAUCACAUAUCAACGUGGAAGUGCGAAUUGACUGAGUUUGUCAGUACCCUACAAAGACAAAGUAGUGGUGUCUUUCCAGGAAGGGAAAAGUUAAAAAAAAUGAAAACAGGCAGGUCUGCACUUGUUGUAACUGACACAGGAAAUAUGUCAGUAUUGAGUUCACCCAGACAUCAGAGCUGUAUAAUGCAUGUUGAUAUGGAUUGCUUCUUUGUAUCAGUGGGUAUACGAAAUAGACCAGAUCUCAAAGGAAAACCAGUGGCUGUUACAAGUAACAGAGGCACAGGAAGGGCACCUUUACGUCCUGGCGCUAACCCUCAGUUGGAGUGGCAGUAUUACCAGAAUAAAAUCCUGAAAGGCAAAGCAGACUUGGGUCCUGGCCUCUGAUUUCUCCAACCGUUCCUCCACAUUCUCCAUGUGCCCGUCUAGUUUGUCGAGUUUUGAUGAGCAGUUCUCUACUUUGCCCUCCAGUGAGGACAGUGUAUCCCUGCAUUUCCCCGAAUCUCACAUGAAGCAACUCACUCCGCUCGUGGAGGGACCCACGCACUCUGCUGCACUGUGGAACAGCAGAUGUACCAGAUUCAUCAAUGUGGGAUAAUCAAGAUUCUGCACAAAUAAAUGGAAUUGAUUCUGUUUUGUCAAAGGCUGAAAUUGCAUCUUGUAGUUAUGAAGCCAGACAAGUUGGCAUUAAGAAUGGAAUGUUUUUUGGGCACGCUAAACAGCUAUGUCCUAAUCUUCAAGCUGUUCCAUAUGAUUUUCAUGCAUACAAGGAAGUUGCACGAACAAUGUAUGAAACAUUGGCAAGCUAUACUCAUAACAUCGAAGCUGUUAGUUGUGACGAAGCACUGGUAGACAUCACCGAAAUCCUUGCAGAGACCAGACUUACACCUGAUGAGUUUGCAAAUGCUGUUCGUAUGGAAAUCAAAGACCAAACAAAAUGUGCUGCCUCUGUUGGAAUUGGUUCUAAUAUUCUCCUAGCUAGAAUGGCAACUAGAAAAGCAAAACCAGAUGGGCAAUACCACUUAAAACCAGAAGAAGUAGAUGAUUUUAUUAGAGGUCAGCUAGUUACAAAUCUACCAGGAGUUGGACGUUCAAUGGAAGCUAAAUUGACAUCUUUGGGAAUUAAAACUUGUGGAGACUUGCAGUAUAUGACCAUGGCAAAACUCCAAAAAGAAUUUGGUCCCAAAACAGGUCAGAUGCUUUAUAGGUUCUGCCGUGGUUUGGAUGAUAGACCAGUUCGAACUGAAAAGGAAAGAAAAUCUGUUUCUGCCGAGAUCAACUAUGGAAUAAGGUUUACCCAGCCAAAAGAGGCAGAAGCUUUUCUUCUGAGUCUUUCAGAAGAAAUUCAAAGACGACUAGAAACUGCUGGCAUGAAGGGUAAACGUCUGACUCUCAAAAUCAUGGUACGAAAGCCUGGGGCCCCUAUAGAAACUGCAAAAUUUGGAGGCCAUGGGAUUUGUGAUAACAUUGCCAGGACUGUAACUCUUGACCAGGCAACAGAUAAUGCAAAAAUAAUUGGAAAGGCUGCGCUAAACAUGUUUCAUACAAUGAAACUAAAUAUAUCGGAUAUGAGAGGGGUUGGGAUUCAUGUGAAUCAGUUGGUUCCAAUCAAUCUGAACCCUUCCACAUGUCCCAGUCGCCCACCAGUUCAGUCAAGCCACCUUCCUGGAGGGUCACACUCUGUCCGUGAUCUCUUCCAAGUUCAGAAAGCCAAGAAGUCCACAGAAGAGGAGCACAAGGAAGUAUUUCUGGCUGCUGUGGAUCUGGAAAUGUCAUCUGCCUCUAGAAAUUGCACUUUCUUGCCAUCUUUUCCUACACAUCUGCCAGCUAGUGUCAGUCCUGAUACGAGCAAAGCUGAGUCUUCAGGGAAAUGGAAUGGUCUGCAUUCUCCUGUCAGUGUGCAAUCAAGACUUAAUCUGAGUAUAGAGGUCCCAUCACCUUCCCAGCUGGAUCCGUCUGUUUUAGAAGCACUUCCACCCGAUCUCCGGGAACAAAUAGAGCAAGUUUGUGCUGCUCUGGGGGAGCAAGGGGAGUCACACAGUGACAAAAGGAAAGAACCAGUAAAUGGCUGUAACACCGGAGUCUUGCCACAACCAGUGGGGGCAGUUUUGCUGCAAAUCCCGGAAGCUCAAGACUCUAACGUGGACACAGGAAUAAAUGUAAUAGCCCUUCCAGCAUUCUCACAGGUGGACCCUGAGGUGUUCGCUGCCCUUCCUGCUGAGCUUCAAAAGGAGCUGAAAGCAGCAUAUGAUCAAAGACAGAGGCAGGGAGAGAACAGCUCUCACCCGCAGCCAGCCUGCGCCCCUGUGCCAAAGAAUCCUUUCCUUCAGCUAAAGCCAGCAGCAGUGAAAGAAAAGAAAAGGAACAAGAAAAAAAAACCCGUCAGUCCCCUAAAAAAGAUUCAAAGUCCUUUGAAAAACAAGCUGCUUAAUAGUCCUGCAAAAACUCUGCCAGGGGCCUGUGGGAGUCCCCAGAAGUUGAUCGAUGGGUUUCUAAAACAUGAAGGACCUGCUGCAGAGAAACCCCUGGAAGAACUCUCUGCUUCCACUUCAGAUGUGCCAGGCCUUUCUAGUUUGCAGCCUGACCCAGCUGGCUGUGCUAGACCCCCAGCCCCCAAUCUAGCUGGAGCUGUUGAAUUCAGUGACGUGAAGACCUUGCUGAAAGAAUGGAUAACGACGAUUUCAGAUCCAAUGGAAGAAGAUAUUCUGCAAGUUGUGAAAUACUGUACUGAUCUAAUAGAGGAAAAAGAUUUGGAAAAACUGGAUCUUGUCAUAAAAUACAUGAAAAGGUUGAUGCAGCAAUCGGUGGAAUCAGUUUGGAAUAUGGCAUUUGACUUUAUUCUUGACAAUGUUCAGGUGGUUUUACAACAAACUUAUGGAAGCACAUUAAAAGUUACAUAAAUACUACCAGGGAGCCUGGUGCUCUCCGCUAGCUGUGCCAUAAGUGCUUGUGAGGUAUUUGCAAAGUGCAUGAUAGUAAUGCUCGGAGUUUUUAUAAUUUUAAAUUUCAUUUAAAGCAAGUGUUUUGUACAUUUCUUUUCAAAAAGUGCCAAAUUUGUCAGUAUUGCAUGUAAAUAAUUGUGUUAAUUCUUUUACUGUAGCAUAGAUUCUAUUUACAAAAUGUUUGUUUAUAAAGUUUUAUGGAUUUUUACAGUGAAGUGUUUACAGUUGUUUAAUAAAGAACUGUAUGUAUAUUUUGUA